CUCCUUCUGCUUCAGGGGAAGGCCAGCGCCCUCUUGCACCAUCGCCCGUCUUCACGCCGACGCCUCUCCCGCUGCUGUGAGAUCCCCAAAGUCUGGAGGCGAUCUGCUGCGCAGCCGUUGGCGCGAGCCGCAAAUCUCUCAUUGACGCCCCGGCCUCCUGUGCUGGGACCAGCGCAUGCAGUGCACGUUCUCACCACUGACACUGACGACCCGGCCUGACUCUGCUCUGCACGCCCUCAUGGCCUGUUAACAUCGUUUUGUUGCAGUUGCACUUGCAACGUCCGCUGGCCUCCUCCCUCACCACUGCCUCCCCGGAGCAGCUCGCGACUGUUGACUUCCUUCCGCUUUGGGCCAAGAUCAUCGCCAUGGAUCCCACCACCUUGGUCACUUUCAUGUUCAGAGCCCCUCCGGACGUCAAAAUCGUUGAGCUGCUCGGCUCGUGGGACAACUUCGAAGUGCCAUAUCGCAUGCACCACGACCGCUUACGAGGCUCCGACUUCUACACGGGUUGCUUCAAGUUCGAGAAUAUCAUCUUCGACGGCGAGGUGGUGCUACGAGACAAACCACGAACCGGAGGCUUGAAGCAAGGUUCGACCUACUGGUACUACUAUCGCCUCGACUAUGCCAACGAUGCCUUCGACGACCGGCUACCCAACACGACCGGUUGUCCGCUCCUGCCCGGGCAAGCCGUCAACGUGAUGGAAGUGCCCUGCGAGGUGCAAGAGCCGCCUUCGAGGAGCCACAGUGCUUGUGGGUACGACAUUGUCGGUAGUCUCACAGAUUUCACUGAACGCAAGACUCUGGAUCCCGCCGACAAAUAUGCACAUGUGGAGCGUCCGCCCAUAUCGAAGGUGCACUCUCGAUGCAUGUCUGAUGAUCAACUGGAUGGGCGACUCGAAGGACAACUACGGAUCACUGUCGAACGAGCAGUCUCUCCGAUAUCCGCGACACACUCCCGUGAAGGUGCCCCAGAGUCCCGGCCAGUGUCUCCCGCGACCAGAGACUCUGCCAAAGCAUUGUCGCAUAAGUCGUUCGAGGACGCUGGCAGCUCAAAGCUUGAUCCGCUGGACCCAUCUCCGACCGUUGCCAGCAGAACGGCGAGCGACGACAAGGCUGACGGCCAAGCUCAACGAUCCACGCCGCAAUCGAAAGCGUCUUCAUGCUAUGAGUAUCCCGAAGCAUAUGCUGCGCCCCUCGGAUCAAUGGAAGCGUUGGGAGCGGCUCUCUUCGCUUCAAGCAACGCUCAACCAAUCCAACCCGCUCGCUCUCGAGCAUCACAUGGCACGAACGCCUUAAGCAGACGACGACGGGACUCCACCUUGAGCUGCGGCCCGGCCUCAGUGCAGAAUGUCCAAUUCUAUGGGUCGCGACCAGGAACGAGUGUGAACGAGAGUGACGAUGUAUACCAGCCACGAACGUAUUCGAUCCCGAAUUCGAACCUCAGCGACGGAAGUCCAGCAGCAUCACCCUUAUCGGCAACAUUCUUGCCUUCGAACGCUCACGACCAACCGGAUCAUGCGCAAAAGAGCAAUAGUGCUCCCGAAAGCAUUGACGGCUGUUCCGCGAUAGACGAGCUUUCAUCUCCAACAUUCACGGCAAGCACCGUGAGCACUGGCGGCCACAACACGCCAUUUCAGCUGUCAUCACACGACGACCGCGACUUCGGGUACUCGUACAACAUCAGUGCUGGAGAUGAUCCUGAUGAGGCGUCCGCGAUGCUUGACGAAAGCGAUCUGAGACGCCGACCAAGUCUCUUCGAAAGAGGUUUGGCCAGACUGAGACCACCUUUCGGUCUCAACUAUUCUUUACCAAGCAUAUUAUCAGACAGCAACCAGUCCCUCGCGAAGACGAUCACAGAUCACUCUAGACGAGCCUCAGAGGAAGAUACGCCAUCGCUUCCACUGCCAUCCAUCGCGCGGGAUGACGAAGGAUCAAUGGCCGAGGCCAUUUUCAGCGAACUCGGAUUUCUUAGCAGCAGCAUCACUUGAAGCGAGCACAAAAAGGGAUUUUUCUUAUCGGCAUACUGCAUUGUGGGCGUACAUCAGCAUCUGAGCGACGCGUUGGAUUUAGCGAAAACCUGUACAUUAUCAUCAUGAAGUAAUGUCUGACAUGCCCGCCGUAAACAAGAACAACGGCCAGGGCGCACGUGCUUGCGUGCAUAGAAAGGUCCGCUGUGUGGGUGGACGAAUCAGACAGGAUCGGGAGAAGAAACGAUGGAAGGAUCGGCGGAAAGCGAUUGCGACUAUCGAAACUGCAAAUAAAUUUGCCCAACUACCAAUGUAGCCGAAGCGAUCGAAAGAGUCAAAUA